AUGAUGAGUUGUGAAUUGAGGAGUGCUAUCGCUGGUUUGGCUGUAUUCGCGUGUUUGUUCCUUCGAGUCCAAGGAUCUUCGUCAGUAUUCUUGGAGGAGCAUUGCGGAGUGGUGCCUCAAAUAACCGCGAAAAUCGCCAAUGGCAAACCCACGGAAUUGGGACGAUAUCCGUGGAUGGCCCUCGUGCACACGCCCACCCAUUUUAUGUGCGCCGGAUCGCUCAUCAAUCACUGGUUUGUCUUGACGGCGGGUCAUUGCAUUUUCGACGGAUUGCAAUUAAUUGUUCGCUUGGGCGAAUACCACAGAGACACCGAUAUAGACUGCGACAGGAAGAGGUGCUUGGCUGCCGCGCAGGAGUACCAUGUGGACAUGCUCUUCAGGCACCAGUUAUUCAAUGACAAGGACUACACCAAUGACAUCGGAAUGCUGCGGCUCAACAGGAGUGUUGUGUACAUGCCUCACAUCCAACCCAUCUGCAUUGUCCUCCAUCGUGGUAUACAGCCGUUGGUGGAUGAUGCGACUUGGUUUGAGGCCACCGGCUGGGGACUCCCGUCUGGGGAUGCGAAGGUCUCGUCCCGCGUUCUCCUCGAACUGAAAAUCAACAGCCGACCAAAGGCUGAUUGUGUCAAAGCCCUUAGACAGCACUUGACUGCCGAACAGAUCUGUGUGGGGAAUGAUGACGGCAACCUGUGCAAAGGAGACUCUGGAGGGCCCCAAGGUCGAUACGUCAAUAUCAGCGGCAAAUGGCGGUUCGUCCAGAUGGGCAUCGCCAGCUACACGCAAAGGAAUUGCAGCAAAAUCAGCGUUCUCACGGACGUAACUCGAUAUGGCAAAUGGAUCAAAAAAGUGGUGGAGUGGUAUGGUCGGUGA